CCCUCGUCGCUCAAGACUCUCUCGUCGACGAGCCUGGCACACAUUCUCGAGCUCGACAUUCCGAUCAGCCGCUCGCGCUGGGACCCCGAGACGCGCAGCGGGCGCGCCGCUCGCACUCGGCGCGGCUCGUGGCAGAGCCUGCGCACUGUCGGCGAGCGCAUCAUGCUCGCCGCGCAGCCCGCCGAGGUAUGGAUAGCCUACCAGCCGCGCAUCGCCGGUGCUGCCGGCGCCAAGCCGCGGCAUCCCAGAUGAGUGGCUCAGCCUCAUGAUCCGCGAGGCGAGCGAGGGCGCGCCGCCAGCGUCGGACGACCGAGGUCCAACAGGCAUGCAGCGCGUCGGCAAGGGCCUCAGUCGGCUCUCCCUCGGCGUCGCCUCGCUCUUUGGCGCGCUCGACGUGCUCGACGGCGGCGAACGGUCCGAGGCGCGUCGCCGCGCUGAGCUCGAGGAGCUCGGCUUCGUCGAGAUCGAAGGGGCUCAGGGAAGCGAGAGCAACGCAGCGCCGCCUCGCUCGCCAAGUCCGUUUGCGCGUCGUCUGGGCGGCUUCCGGCGGAAUAAGCCCGCGAAGCAGGGCGGCUUCGUCGGCAUGUGCAGGUCCAUCAUCGAUCGGGCGCUGGGUGCCGAGAAUCCGUCGAACAUGAUGGCGCCGCGGGAGCAAGUCGAUGACCUCGAGGCCGACGCACAGCCUCUCACCGGGAGUGCUGUGGCCGAGCUGGCUCGCGCGCGGCCCGAGAUAUCAGCCCCAUUGCCGGCAGCAGCAGCAAGUCCGCAAACUAAGCGGCGGAAGGAAAGCGGCGCCGACAACAAUCGCAGCGAAGGCACAAAGGAGCCGUUCCAGCGUCUGCGGCGAGCCUUCUCCACGAAGGACAAGGAGAAUUCGCCGCUGCUGAAGCCCGGCCUUGGGCUACAGCCGACUGUCGUUGACGGCUACGGCGCCGUGGUGCAAGGCGGCGGCUGGCCGACUGGCAAGCUCGCAGCGUCAGGCUCGAAGAAGAAGCGCAAGGAGGAGCGGGCAGACACGUUUUGGCGGCCACGGGGCGAGGCGGCACCAGAGAGCAUGACCAGCUCUUCGGACUCGCAGGAGGCAGAGCGCAUCCGGAACCUCGGUCGACGAUGGGCGUCGCCGCCGCCCGAGGGACAGGUGCGCGAGUCGAAGGUGCUGCGCGAGCGCCUCGAUCUGAAUGCAGAGAGCCUGCGGCAAACGCUCCCGCUGCCUCCGCUCAACGACUCCGCUGCUGUCGCGGUGCCGCGCCCGGGCGGUGCAAGCGUCCGCACAACCUCCGAGCACAGCGCGCGCGUGCCACAGGCGCGCCUCACGAUGGCCGACGUGCCCAUGAGCUGCCAGUCGAUCACGGACGUGCCUGCUGGAUCUUCCGCUGCCGGUCACGGCCAAGAUGAUGCCGACAGCAGCGAUGACGGCAACUACCUCGAGCCAGGCUCGCGAGAUGACGAGCGGCGAGACUCGGCUGCCACGGCGCGGCCGAUGAGCCACUCCAAGACGAGCGAGUCGAUCGUCACGAGCGAUGCGCGCGACGGCCUCGUCAUUCGGGCGCCCUCAGCAUCGCCUUCGCUCAGCCGCGCGCAUCAACUAGUCUCCGACACGUCGCUGUCCAGCUCGCCCGGCAAGGCGAAGCGGUCGAAGCCCUCGUCUUGGCGACGCUUCGGACGGUCCAACAACGGCGACGCCGACACAGGGGCCAGCUCUUCAGACGAGAACCAGCUGCCAACACCUCGUCGGCGCUCCUUCUCCCUCACGCGGCCGGCCAGCAGAGGGGCCGACUCGGCUCCCAUGCGGCCGGGCGGCGCGCAGAUCAUCGCACGGCCCGCCGAUGCUGGCAUCGCCGUCUUCAGCGGAGCACGCUGACAUACCAACGAGGAACGAUACCAUAUGCGUUGCCGCUGCGUCGCUUAGUCGUCGUCGAUCGCGUCAGAGUGCUCCUGCGAGUCGUCCUCGACGAUGCUCUCUGAGACGUGCCCAUCGUCCACAAUGCUCUCGGAGACGUAUGCGUCGUCGGUGACCUGCGCUGCUUCGUGCUCGCGUGCGAGGCGUGCAGAUGCGUCCUGGCCGUCGGCCAUCUCCUCA